GAAUAAUUUGUUUUUUUUUAUUCGUUUGAAACAUUUUGUACGAAUUUUCAUUACUUGAAAAAUAAUUGAUUAAAAAAAUGCAACUAGAAAAAAAAGAUGAAACAAAGAUAAAAAACCACGACCCAAUUUAUUCUUAUUUUUUAACGUUACAACAGCCAACAAAUUCAAUAGCUUGUGUCGUUUUACAAAAACCUGUUUUCUUAAAAACGCCAACAAAAAAACAAUCUGUAUUAGUUAUUGCAAGAAGCAACCAUCUGGAUUUUUAUUAUAUUCGUAAGACAUUAUGGAACGGUUCCACGAACGACCUUAUAACAAAGAAAAGUGUUUUAUUUUCAACUCCAAUUUAUACACCUAUUGAAACCAUGCUAGGAUGGUAUCCUUCUAAGAAUUUUCAGUGUUCCUAUCCUAAAGGGGAAGCAAAAACUAUUCAUUCACAUCUUGAUUCCAGCUUGCACCAGGAUGGUCUCGUUUUAUUAUCGAAAUCUUUACGCCUUUAUCUUGUUAUACCUCAUUAUACUCGUCAAACCGUUCAGGUUCUUUCUACAAUCAAUUUAAAUGAAUUAUCGGGUGUUAAUAUUGAAACUCAACCGUUAAUAGCCAUAGAUCCAUUCUCACAAUAUCUAUUUCUUUACGUUCAUAACAUGACAUUCUAUUUGAUAAAAAUCAAUUACUAUGAACGAAAAUCUCUUAAUAAACCUGCGUUUUGGAAAUUGGAAAGCCCCAAAAUAUUUAAAUCGUCAAGAAUUGUUCCUACUCAUAUUAUGUUCUACUGUGAAAAAUAUUUCAGAAAGGAUAUGAAAAGAAUGUCUUAUAAAAAAAAAUACAAUGGUCGAAAUCCUGUGAUAAAAAAUUGUCACAACCAUAUAUACCCUGCGUUGUUUCAUGAAGCUAAAACCCUUAAAAAAUCACGUUUUAAAAAAAUCAAAAACGAUAUGGCAGCUCAUUUCAAAUGUCUUCUUUAUAUUUUGUAUGAACAAAAACAAUGCCAUCAUACCUCAAACGCCGAUUUCUAUCUAGAAUGGAUAAAUGUUAAAACUCUAUUAUCGAAAAAUACUCCAGAAUUACUCGACAAUUCAAAAAAUGUUGUUUUAUCACCUACACCAUUGUGUGUUAUAAAGACGGAUGGUUUUAUCCUUGUUAUUAAAGAAAAACAAAUCUGUUUAUAUAAUAUAUCGCCCAGGUUGGAGUGUCAAUUUGUUUAUUUAAUGGCAAUUUCUGACGAAGCCCAUUUGAUUCCGCCAGUUAAAUCAUUUACAUUACAUUCUAGUAAUAAACGAUGGCUUAUAACAGAUGCUAUUGGAAAACUCUUUUUAUUAGUGUUAACACCCUAUCAUAGUUUUGUUCCCGCAACAGUUUCUUGUCAAAAAGACUCUCCUUUACACUUUUUACCCAUAGGUUUAAUUAAUCCAAUUUCUAAUCUGGUUUUACUUGAUUAUAAAAAAAUUAAAAAAUAUAAUCCAUUAUUUUUAAAGCAUAAUCCCCCUCUAAAAAAAAAAUCUUAUUCAAAAUAUCAAUACGUCAUCUACAUGGGCUCAAAAACAGGGGAUCACUUGAUACUUUGCUUCUCUCUUAUCAAUAAUUGGAGUAUUAAACAAACGAUUUCCUGUCAAAUUUUAAAAACAUUCCCCAACUUCUCCCCCAUUAUUGAUAUUGCGUGUUCAAAAGAAUCGAAAAGCUUAACAAAUCAAUUAAUUUUUACUACAGGAUUCUCAAAUGAAGGGAAAAUUCGCGUUGUAUCAAACGGGAAUCCGUUUUCCUCUCAAAAAUGUGUUUAUAAGAAAUCGUUACCAUACUUUUUCUCCGUUAUAAGUCAACGACGUCAUGGAUGUCUUGAUUCUCUUUUGCUUUUUAAGGUGGCGACAAAUGUAUUAGCCCUUUCAGUGUUCUUUAUUUUUCUACAGUGUCUUCCUCUACAACAUAACCAAACAAUCGUUUCCAUUAUUCGACGCGAUUUCCAAAAAGACGCUUCUUUAAUGCUACAAACGUUACCACAUCUACCAACUUUUUUGUUACACACACCUUUUCUUUACAUUGGAGAUAUUGUGGAUUCUCCUUUUUUUAUCUUUAUAACAACGAGUACUGUCAUGCUCAUUGAUUCCUUGUCUUUUGAGAUAAUUCGCUCUAUAGGGUCAAAUGAUUCUGUUUUUGACUAUAAUGGCCCUAAGCAGUUUAGUUUUGCAACAGGAGACGAAACUACAUUUAUUGUAGCUAUGCAACAUAGUUUAUUCAUUUUUUUAUCCAUCGAUUCCUUAAAACCGACCUGCCAUCUUUGCAUUAAUACAGAAAUACAAGCCGCUGAUAUUUCUGAGCAUAUGGGUAUUGUUUCUGUUUUGGAUUGGAAUGGUUCUUUAUUUAUUUACGCUAUAACUAGAGAAAAACCAGAAAACAUCCCUCUCAAAAUACAGUGCUUACUAACAUAUCAGUUUACUUCCAGCCAUCAACAUUUGAGUAUACCUUGCUCUUUGACACAGUGUAAUUUACUACCUUGCGAAUUGUUUCCUAGAAAAAAAACCUUUUUACAAAAAUGGAAUGUUUUCAAGUCGUUUUUUGUCAUUAUUGUAGGAUUUUCGGAUGGUACUUUACAAUGUUUGAUUGUAUCUCAAAAAACAGAAAGUAAUAAAUGUCAAUUAAAUAUUACCCACGUUAGACAUUAUUUUGUUGGAACAUCACCUAUUCGUUUCAAAAAAAUCUUUACCGUUGAAAAAAAAUUUAAUCUGGAAAAAGAAAUUUUAAUAAUAUGUGAUUCUCCAGCAUUAUUAAGACGUCAUCACCUAUUACGAUUCUAUUUUGUUCCCCUUAAUAUCCCUUAUUUAUUUGACGCUGUUAUCUGGAAUUAUAAAACAACCUGGUUAUUACAAAAAAAGCUUCCCAUUAGCAUAACAAAAACGUACAAAGCUUUAAAAGAUACCAUAACGAACAAAGAAGAUUUGUUUACAGUUUGCGGAACACGCAAAGCCUUAAAAAACUGUAAAGACUUUUCUUUCUUCAUCAGCAACAAUAUUGUAGUCUCACGUAAUUUUUUUAUUAAAAGUAUUCCUAUUGAUGCUUCCCCAGAUCGAUUAGCUUACCAUAAAGAACACUCUUUAAUACUUGUUGCCGCUCUUAAAGAAUCAAUGAGAUGCGUAUCUUUCUCUAAGGAACUUUCUAGUCGCAUUAUAAUCAUUGAUUCUGAGACUUUCAAGCUAGAUGAACAAUGCUUGGCUUCUGAUGAGUUUCCGACAUCCUUACAAUGUUGCUACUUUCCAAAAUUUAAAAAGGAAUUUGUGUUAUUGGGUUCAACGAAAAUGACAGAUCCUGUAAAGGGAUGUUUUCGAAUUUUCGCAUUGCGAAUUAACCAAAACAUACAUCAUAAACGCCAUUAUAAUUUACCAGCAAUAACAAAAAACAAGCAAAGCAAAAACUCUUGCAAAAGUUGGUUGCUGGAACCAAUAAUUGAAGAAAACACUGGUGGUGUUAGUGCUUUGGCUCAUCAAAGAGAAUAUAUAAUUAUAGCGUGCUCAAAUAGAAUAAAAAUUGGUCUUCUCAGAUAUAAGAAGUAUCAUAACGAAAUUCGAGUAUCGAAUCCAAUCGAAACUGAUUCGGAGAUUUACUUUGAGCUUCUUAAAGAGUAUACUUCGCAUUGUUUUAUUCAUACAAUUCACGCGUCACAUAAGAUCUUAAUCGUUUACCUUACACGAUCUUUUGGAGUAUACUCUCUUAAUAUCGAUGAAAAUAAUAUAGAAGAAUGCGAAUUGAUCGAGAUGGUACUUGACUCCUCGUCUACAUGGACGAAUACCGCAAUUUUCGCGGAUUGUUCUUCUAAUAUAUAUAUGACGAACACCUCAAAUGAAAUUAUAAGCUUUGAAUACGAGGAGGACACGAUCACCAGUUUACAAACUAAUGACAUUAACACAAAGACUACUUCAGACUCUCACAGAAAAGCUACGCUUUUCAAAAAGGCAUCAAUCGAUACAGGAAAUUUCAUUCAGUGUUUUGCCAGUGUAACUUCCCCAUCGGACGUAGUUAACUAUCCCGAACAACAUACUCAAAAUUUAUUUCUAAUGAGCCAUAAAACAUUUUGGGGUAGUAACCAAGGAGCGUUUGGUGUCAUUUGCGGCUUGAAAAAAAAUGCAUUUACGUUACUUAUCGAUUUGCAACAUGCCAUUUUACCAUUUAUUAAUUUCCCUUUAGGCUAUAAUGAAACAAGUGACACUUUUUUACUGAAAGAGAAAACCAAGAACUCGUUAAAUUAUGAGUUUGUUAACGGUGAUAUUCUCGAGCAACUGUUAGACUUUCCACUGAAUAUUCAAGAAGAAAUUUUUACGAAUAUACAAAACCACGAAUAUUAUCAUUUUGAAAGUUUGUCUCACUUUCUUUGUCACAUACACCAAAUAACCCGCCGGUGUAUAUAACCAUUGGUGUUCAACGAUUUCGCAAUGUUUUGUUCAAUUUAUGUGUUGAUACAAUACUCCAAAAAAAACAAUAAAAUCACUCUUCCAUAUAAAGUACGCAGUGCUCAGUACUAUUGUGUAACUUUUUAAAAUACGAAAUAUCUGAAACUCUUC